AACACUUGUUUCGUCAAGGAAACACAAUUCAGCACAAAGCCAAGACCAAGAGAGAAACACAUAGAGUCUUCUUGGAGAGACGUGUUAGCAUAGCCACGAAAGAGAGUGCUCUGCUGGCCGGCCUUCUGCUACCACCAGCCUUCAAGCUAUAGGCAACAGAGAUAGAGAGGUUGAGAGAGAAUGGCAAGCAGGCAAGGUGUAGCCUCCAUGUUCGCCAUGGCAUUGCUCCUCGGCGUCUUUGCAUCCAUCCCACAAAGUGUUGAGGCCAUCGGGGUGUGCUACGGCAUGAGCGCCAACAACCUGCCGCCGGCGAGCACGGUGGUGAGCAUGUACAAGUCGAACGGCAUCACGGCGAUGCGGCUGUACGCGCCGGACCAGGGCGCGCUCCAGGCCGUGGGCGGCUCGGGCAUCAGCGUCACCGUCGGCGCCCCCAACGACGUGCUGUCCUCCAUCGCUGGCAGCCCGGCGGCGGCGGCGUCGUGGGUCCGCAACAACAUCCAGGCGUACCCUUCCGUCUCCUUCCGCUACGUGUGCGUGGGCAACGAGGUGGCCGGCGGCGCGGCGCAGAACCUGGCGCCCGCCAUGGAGAACGUGCACGCGGCGCUGGCGGCGGCGGGGCUGGGCCACAUCAAGGUGACGACGUCGGUCUCCCAGGCCAUCCUCGGCGUGUACAGCCCGCCGUCGGCGGCGCAGUUCACGGCGGAGGCGCAGGGUUUCAUGGGCCCCGUGCUGCAGUUCCUGUCCCGGACGGGCUCCCCGCUGAUGGCCAACAUCUACCCGUACCUGGCCUGGGCGUACAACCCGAGCGCCAUGGACAUGAGCUACGCGCUCUUCACGGCGUCGGGCACCGUGGUCCAGGACGGCGCGUACGGGUACCAGAACCUCUUCGACACCACCGUCGACGCCUUCUACGUCGCCAUGGGCAGGAACGGAGGCUCCGGCGUGCCGCUGGUGGUGUCGGAGAGCGGGUGGCCGUCCGGCGGCGGCGUGCAGGCGACGCCGGCGAACGCCAGGGUGUACAACCAGUACCUGGUGAACCACGUCCGGCGAGGGACGCCGAGGCACCCGGGCGCCAUCGAGACGUACCUCUUCUCCAUGUUCAACGAGAACCAGAAGGAGAGCGGCGUGGAGCAGAACUGGGGCCUCUUCUACCCAAACAUGCAGCGGGUCUACCCCAUCAGCUUCUAGUCUAGUCUAGCUCAUCAACGGAAGCUAGCUAGGUAGCUGGUGCCUGCUGCUGGGACGAGAGAGAUCGAGCCGUAUUACGUACGUAUAUACACGGACCGCCGUAUAUGUCUGUAAGUACGUAUACGUAUAGCAUGUAUGUAUAUGUACGGUAUGUGUGUGGGGCUUGCUUUGCGACCGCUGGGAGUAUAUCCAAUCGAUGCUACUCCCAGAUGCGUACGCCGUGAGUGAGUGAGUGAGUGAGUAUAUGUAUGUAUACAUCGAAAGGGGAUCGAUCGGAGACGUACGACGCUCUCGUACCGUAGAUAAUAAAUACGGUACAUCGUCGUCGUCAAUUGAUGAUCUCCCUUCGUAGCUAGUAGUAUAUAGAUGAGGUUGGGAUAAGAGAAAGUGAUACAGGUGUACAUUAUUAUCACGUACCGUAUAACUAGCUAUACGGUUUAAUUAAUUUGGAAUAUGUAAUUUCUCACC